AUGGAUAGGAUCAGUAAUUUACCAGAUGAUCUUUGUCGUCAUGUAAUCUCCCUCCUCUCGGCAAAAGAGGCUGCGUGCUUGAAGUAUACCUCCAAGAAAUGGGCGAAACUGCUUACCGUCAUACCGAGUGCUGUUUUUGGUGGUGGUUCCUCCUCCUCGUCUGCCGUUAGUACUACUGCAAGUCUCAAAGAUUGCGCUGAUGAAUUGUCAUUGGCUCGACGUGCCAUUCACCGUUUGAGGAGAUUCUCUCUAAAGCUGCAGUCUUUGGAUUUUGCUCAGUAUAGUAUGGUCAACGAUUGUUUGCGCGAUGUUCUCAAGUGUGGUGUCUUGGAUCUUGAACUGGACAUCAACGUCCAAGGAGAUUACUCACUGCCUUCUGAGAUCUUCACUUGCAAGAGCGUUGUGAAACUGAAACUAGGGUCUGGUUUUGUUAUUGACUCUCUCCCUAAGAAUGCUUUGCUUCCUGCUCUCAAGACUCUCCUUCUUGAAUCAGUUCGGUUUGAUGGUCUUGAUGGAUGUGCCUUCCAAAGGCUUCUUUCUGCUUGCCCUGUGCUUGAGGAGUUAGUCAUAGAUGGAUUCAACUGUGAAUUCUGGAACUGGUCUCGCACUGUGUAUAGUUUGACGCUUAAGAGGCUUACUAUUAGACGUGCAUACUCAGAAGACUAUCAAGGCGCUGAUUAUGAGAGUAUUAGUUUUGAUACUCCCAGCCUUGCCUACUUAGAAUAUUGCGAUGUUCUUCAAGAUGCGUUUCCAGUUGUUAAUCUCGACUCCCUUGUUGAAGCCAAGCUCAAUCUUACUUUCAUGACUGCUAGGUCUAAUACCAAGCUAACGAAUCUGUUCCAGGGGUUGAAACAUGUUCAGAUUCUGCGCUUAGACUUUGUUGACACCGCGCUGACUAGUGUACUCUCUCUAGGGUUUACGAAAGCAAGCAUGGAUAGGAUCAGCAACCUACCAGACGAGAUUAUUUGCCACAUCGGGUCCUUCUUCUCGGCGAAAGAGGCGGCGUUCACGGCACUUCUCUCAAAGAGGUGGAAGAAUUUGUUUGAAACCCUAUUUCAUUUAUCAAUCACAGCUGAAGGAAACAUCAUCUGUUGGAACUGUUUGCAACUUCUCCUAAAGAAAUCUCCAAAUCUAAAGGCUCUCACCAUCAAGGCAAGUGUGCACUAUAAGGAUGAUGAGGAAUCUGUUUGCGAAUGCUUGAAGAAGGAGUAUUCAUUCCUAUCGUCCUGCUAUAUUGAGGUCAUAAAGAUAACAGAGUUUAAAGGAGACAGAGAAGAGACGGUGCAAAUAAAGCACAUGUUGGAGAAAUUGCCGUGUCUUUUACUUUUGGAAGUUCAUCUUAAGCCAAGAAGAGAUGAGGCAAAGCUAAUUCAGAUCUUGGCGGAUCUCCUUAUGAUUCCGAGAAGUUCGUCCAAAUGUACAAUUAAGCUGUUGCAUUGA